AUGGCCGCCGAAAAAAGCGGCGCGUUCUUCGCCUAUCAUGAGCCAGACAUUAUCAAUAUUCUGACGCUCAUAUCGUUCUUUCUGUUUCUAGCUACUGCUCACUGGUUGGCUGAGAAGAUCAUCUGCGCGUCGCUGAUCGGCAAUAUCAUUGUCGGCCUCAUCUACGGAGUGCCGAUCGCCAACAUAUUGGCGAUCGACUGGCAGGCUACGUUCCUCGUCCUGGGAUAUAUUGGCCUGAUUUUGAUUAUCUUCGAAGGUGGCCUGACCGUCCGCCUCGAUCUGCUCCGCCAAAACCUGAUCCUCAGCGCCGCCGUGGCCCUAUUUGGCGUGCUUACGCCCAUCGCCCUGUCCUUUGGCCUCCUUUACGCGGGAUUUCAUUACGGUCUAACAUUUGCUCCAGCGCUCCUAGAGGCCUUCAUAGUUGGCACAUCCCUCUGCUCUACCUCCCUCGGCACGACUUUCGUCGUCCUCUCCAGCGCUUCCAAAAACAAGCCCAAAAGCACCAGCAGCAGCCCGAAUGCCGACGCCAACCCCACCGCCCCCGCCGUGGCUGCCGGCGUCGACUUCUCCCAGACCCGCAUCGGCACCGUCCUCGUCGGCGCCGCCGUGCUCGACGACGUCUGCGGCCUCGUCCUGGUCAGUCUCAUCCGCAACCUGCGCGGCGUCGCCGGGGACGCAGAUGGUGGUGGCACAAGCCUGGGCUGGACCGUCGGCCGCCCCGUGCUCGCCAGCGGUCUGAUGGCCGUGCUGACUCCUGUGGUGGCCUGGCUUGUUGCCGGGCCGCUUUAUCGUCGGUUUGUAACACCCUCGCGGCUGCAGCGGGCUGCCGCUGCGGGGGUUGCGCAUGCGUUUAAUAUCCUGCUGAUGGCGGCGGUGCUGUGCGCGUUCCUGACGAUUGCGGCGUACGCCGGCGCGUCGGUGCUGUUUGGUGCCUUCCUGGCGGGCGCGUUCCACUACCUGGGGACGCCGCAGAAGUACGUCUUUCAACCGCUCUUUUUUGCGAGCAUCGGGUUUGCUAUACCGUUUGUGGAUCUAUGGACGGGGGAGUCCAUCUGGAAAGGGGUCGUCUACGCACUGCUCAUGGCGUUUGCGAAGAUCGUUGUCGGCGUCAUGGUGCCAGUCUGGGAAUUCAUAUCUCCCCGUCUCAGGCAAAGGAGCUCGGGGAAGCGACCGGUGAGCGGCACGGCUACCUGGGCGCCCGCAACGCUGCUCGGCGCCGCCAUGGUUGCGCGCGGCGAGAUCGGUCUUGUCAUUAUACAGAUCGGUCUCAACGAGACGCCCUUCUUAAGCCAGGAAGCCUUCAUCAUCGGCGUCUGGGCCAUUGUGCUCAACACCAUCAUCGGACCUGUUUUGGUGGGCGUUCUGCUCAACCGGGCUGGAGCAAGCAUCGCAGAGAAUCCUUGCUGGGGUGUUCAAGAGAAUCACGGCUCCGAUACUGAAGUGGCUGUGGAGGCGGAACCGACGAGCACCUCACAAGAAACAAGUUCGAGGCGGACCUCGGCUUGA